AUGGUUCAUCAAUCUGAUUCUCAAUAUUAUGCUGAAAUGAUCAAGUUAAUGCAAAAAGCUCAUUCACACAUGAAUGAAUCUAUAAAAGUUCACUACCGUAUAAAUGGACUUCGUCUAUCUUUAUUUACUGAAACACGAAGAAAUUAUUCAAAAAUUGCACAUUUUUUUUCUAUGAUCGAUGAUGAUUUAAUACCAUCUACUUCUUUUUCACGUUCAACAGCUAAUGCCACAUCAACAAAUGAUUUUAAAGGUUAUUCUCGAAAUUCCAAUGAUGAUAAUCAUUAUUAUAAAGAUCAUUAUUCAUCUAAUGAUUUUAAUGGUCAAAAGAUCACGUUACCUAUGAGCAUGGAAAUGGAACCUAUUGGUUUUCCUGUAAAAUUAUCAAAUUCUACGAAAGCAACACCAAAUAAACAACUAUAUACAAUUACGACAUCAUCACAAUUUACUACAACUCAACAACAAAUUUUUUAUUUAUUAGAUCAUAUUACUAAUCGAGUUCAGCAUAAUCCAAUUCAAUCAUUAUUAUUUAAAUUUUGA